AAGACAAAGAGGACCAAAUAAAACUGUUUAUUUUUCAAUCAGCAUUUCAUGCUUUCUAUGUGGACUAGCUAUUAUAUGUAUUCAAGGCAUAGAAUUCUAUGAUGAAAAUGCAAAUUGUGCAAAUUAUUGCUUCUCAAAUGACUCAAUGGACUCAAACAAGAAAUUAAAAGUCUAUCCAGUGCCAGAUAUGUAUGACAUGGUUUGUGGAAUAUUCUUAAUGAUGCUCAGCAUACCAAGACUUGUUCUGAUAUAUAAAGGAAAAUACAGUUCUUCAUGCAUACUGAUCAUGCAUGUAAUAUUUGGUACAAUAUUAUCAACUUUGCUGUGGGUUCUACAUAUUGCUAUCAGUCUGACUAGUCUUAUUGAAAAGUACGAGAACCUAGAAAAAGAUGAAGACAAAGACAAGCUAGCUAAACUGAUCAAGAACAUUCGCUUAAACAUUGGAACUGCAAUUUGUGGCGCCAUAGGAAAUAUAUUCAUAUAUGUCAACACAUGGCUACUAACAAAAGAACAUGUUUGUUGCAAAUCUCAAGCUCCCACAAACUCUAAUGAAGAUGAUGGAACUGCAGACACGCAAACAUCAGAUAUAUCAAUGUUACCUAUACCACAGCAAGUGAAUGAUAUAAGAUUGCCAGCUGCACCAUCAUACCAUUCUACAGACAGACUUGGACUACUGCCAUCAUAUUCACAAAUCUACCCAACAACAUCACAAACAAUAUCCCCAGAUUUGCCAACAGAGAACAUGGAUGGGUCUACUUCCAAUUCAGCAGACCCCAUAGAAACACAUAACAUACAACCAUAUUUACCAACAGACCCCUUAGAGACACAAAUAGCAACGAUACAGUCGGGGGUAACACAAGAACAGAACAGGAUAUCAUUAAUAUCAGAAAUGAACCAAUUUGACCUUCCACCAUCUUACUCACAAAUAAGCUUGCCUAGGAACAACCAGACACAAGUACAGUCAUUGUCAAGAGAACCCUUGGAUAUUUCAAGGCUGCACUAAAAAAUUAUGCCCCAUUGGGAGGACUCCACUAUCAAAUGGAAGAGCAAUCAAAACUAGAAAAUGGCAACUCCACGGAGUAGCAAAUCCCAAUGAACACUAUAACAUAUAUGAAUCUGUAUUUGUCACAAAAAAUAUAA